AUGGAUUCAGACGCAAACGCACCAGAUUCGUGGGAUUCUUUAGACGAUCCUGGCCCAGGAGAAAUGAGUGAAGGAACAAGCGAUUUGAGUGCCCAACUUCAUUCGCUCAAUGUAAACGCAAAACCUUUUGUACCAAACGUCAAUGCGCCGGCAUUUGUUCCUUCGUUUUUGAAAACAGUGACGACUGAUGGUAAGGCCCUAUCCUCUUUGUUGAUCCCCACUCUAUCAUCAUUAUGGGUGAAUACUCUGACCACGAUCGUAUCUUGAUGAAGUUUUAAAUCAAUUUUUGAUCAUUGUACCGCUGUACUCGUGCUCCGUCACGAUCAGAUUGGAGUCAUUUCUCUUUUCACUUCUCUGAUGAUGUGAUCAAAAACAGUCGAUGUUUCUUAUUGAAAAGUCUGUUUUGUGCUUUCCGUACAGUCAAAAGGCCAUUGUGUAAACUCUUAAAUCCACGUCAAAUUAAUAUUAGCGCUUGUGCAAACUCUCAGUUGGUAUUGCCUUUGAUCUUGUUACUUUUAUGAGAAAGUUGUUUCACAGUUAUAAUGGGUAGUUCCUAUUUUGGUUUGUUUAUGAUUCAGCUUCUCCUUCUACAAAUGGGGAUGUUGAUCAGUCGGAAAUUUCCGAGAAAAAUUCGGACACUAUUAAGGGUGAGUAUUGUAGAAUAUUUAAUGAAUUGAUCUGAUGUUUUCACAACUGUAUGAUCAUAAACAGUUGUUUGCAAUUCAUAAUACUGAAAUUCGUUUCAAAAUCGUGAAAGGAACUUGUUUAAUGUAGAUUUUGUCAUUGUACAAUUAUGUCUCUGUUGAUGUCUACCACUGCUGCUUUCUUUAGUCAGUGACACCAACAACAGUCGUUUUCAAGACUACCCCUCUGGUUUUUAAGCCAGUUUUUAAGCCAUUUUCUAUAAGUCUCCUCUAGAAAAUUCCUAAUUAUGAAGUGUACUUGGCAUUUCCCCUUUAUUUUCAAAAAGUGAAAAUAGAGUUUCCCUCUCUCCCAUAUCCCAGGUAUAGAGGUAGUGUUUUUCAAUUCAGGGGGAAGAAACUAGAUGUACAGAAAAUAUAUGAUUUUAGUAAGGUUGUGUAGGUGGGGAAAGAUGGGUGGUAAUUAAGUAGGUUCAAGAACCUGGAGACAUCUCCUGUCAGAGGGUAUCCAAGUUCCAGAAGCAUGAAUUCACGCAAAGUAUUGCCAUCUCCCCCCCCCCCCUCCCUCUGUACUCUCUGCAGACAAAAUACUAAGCAAAUCAAUAUUACCCAAGAAAAUAACACAAUGAGCCCAGCUACAGCUCAAACCUUGAUCUCAAGAUUCAGAGUAUAGAGCAUGACCAUUUGGCCAUGAAAUCUCACUUGUUUGGAACUGGCAACUGCAAUUUAGAAGUAGUCUGCACAGAAGUAUGAAAGGAAAGUGGUUCUAUUUUAAGGGCAGGUAAGGGAGGAGGAAGGCAAUUUGACCAGAGCUGCCUUGUCAGUUCUGACUGUUCUGUUUUUGGUCAGGACAGUUACACUGAUCAGUGUUGAUGAAUGGAAAGCUACUUUGUUAUCUUAGAUAGCUGCCUUAUUUAUUUUUUAAAUUUUAUCAAAGGAGAUGUUCCUGGCGAAGACAAAGAACCCAUUGACAUGAAACCAGAAACAAAUGAAGACAGAGGAGGUAAAAAAUUAGAUAUCUACAGUAUAUGUUGAUGUGCUUCAAGUUGAAGUAAUAAUCAGUUUAUGUUACAUGGUGUAUGGAGUUGGCGGAGGAAAGGGAAAGAGAAAUUGGAAAAAGCAUGUUUUAGAAUUGAGUUGUGUUAAGUUUUUUUUUUGGCUGUUGACCUUGCUUUUAGGGUUUUCCCUUGCUGGACAAGAAAAACCAACUUGAGAAUGUCCAGAGUCAAACCCAAUUGCUUUACUUUGUAAUCAUUGUUUACUAGAAACCAAGGAAACAGUUGAAGUAGAGGCUGAGGAAGAAGAACAGGAAGAAGUGAAGCCUGUGAAAAAAGAAGCAAAGAAAGAAGUUGAAGAAGAACCUGAAGACAAAAGAGAGCAUCUUAAUAUUAUAUUCAUUGGUCAUGUUGGUAAGAACUUCACGUCAAUAUCAGUAUCUGGGCAACUGCCCACCUACCCCUCCCCUAACUCAACAAGAGUCAAUUGAUAACAACUUAGGGUUAAUGUUGGGUUAGGGGAGGGGUAGGUGGGCAGUUGCCCAGAUACUGAUAUUGAUCCAGAACUUCUUAACAACUUUGUUCUUUCUUUUAUUUGUAAGAUGUACUCCUUAACCCUGUACAUGCUAACAUCAGUAUGCAUAUUCUCUAUACUGUUCCCCGUACACUUCUUAAGGUGCUGACAAAGAGAAUUUGUUGAACAAUCAAGAGUUUCAGUUGAUGAUCAUGUUCCUUAUUCUUGUGACUUCAUUAUGUGAUCCAGGGGUGAUAUUGUAAGAAAUUAGAUUAAUAUCACUCUUAGGGGUAAGAUGGUUCAAUUUGUUGGUAGAGAGUCAACUUAACUGAAUUUGCUUUAGAGAGAAUUUAAAUACAGUAUAUUUACUUUUUAUAAAAACUAACAGAAUCCUGAGUUGACUUAAUAAUAACUGAGGUUACCUGAGAUGAUUCUUGAGAUUUCCAUGAUAUAAAUCAUAAUGAAACCUGUCUUUUUCUUCCAGAUGCUGGAAAAUCAACAAUUGGUGGACAUGUAAUGUAAGUUUGAUUAUGAAAUAAUGUAGUUUUAGAGAAGUAAUGAGGAUACCAUGAAAAUGCUUCAUUACUUGUAUUUGUGUACUAAAUGAUUUACAAGAACAUUCUUGAAACAAAUUUUAUACUCUGUCUUGCCACAAUUUUUCAAGUCUUGGUUUUUCCUUUUAUUUUUGUAUUUUUUGUACACUGGAGAUGACUUUCAUUUAUUUGUUGUUGCUUAAAACUAAAGUACUGACAGAGGUAUUAUUUGUUAAGAAUGAUAAACUACUUUAAGUAAUGAUUGUGUUAUGGCCCUUGUAGAAACCUGUUUUUCUGUUGUUGUUGUUUUUUUGUUGUUUUGUUGUUUUUUUGUGGCUUUUUUUUUUUUUUUUUUUUUUCACUGAAAAUAUCCUUUUAGUAGUUUUAAAAUAAAAUCAAUGAGGUAUUAUUUCAUAGUGACAAAGUACUUAAUGAUAGCGUGGUGCCUCUUUAGGUACCUGACAGGACAGGUUGACAAGAGAACACUGGAAAAGUACGAAAGAGAAGCAAAAGAGAAGAACAGAGAAACAUGGUUAGUUUAUUAGUUCAAGUGUAUUGUUUGGUUUAGAAUUCUCCUAAUCAUACUCAGGACAAAAAGAGAAUUGUUUUCUCUGUUAUCCCAUUGGAUAGGCUUUUACUAAAAGUUCCCAGCCCAAAAUUAUUCAGCACUCUAUAUGCACUUAUGCUCUGUCUAAUAUAAAAAAAAUUGUUAAAACUCUUUCAUCAGCUUUACCCCUCUUCAACUCAUGAAUGUCACUUUAUCUAAAAGCAGAAUGAAUUUUUUCAGGGAGAUGAAAAUUCUUAAUGUUAUCUGUAAGAAAGAACAUUUGAGGUAGAGACAAGCUUUCAAAAUAUGGCUGAGAGAAGUCAUUUUGAACAAAGUCAACAAAAUUGUUGUAAAAUAAGUUUAUAUUUAGACAGAAUGAUUUUAAAGGAUCUUGACUUGUCCCUGGGAGUAUUUUCCAUCACCCUUAUGCUCAAAAAGCUAUUUGACUUCUCAACAGUACUCAAAAAAAGAUGGUAGCCUGGAAAGUUGUCCUUCUUGUCCUAGGCUGUUGAACAGCAUUUUCAUCAAGCUUUAAUACAUUGUAAUACUGAUAUUCAUGUAGGUACUUAUCAUGGGCAUUGGACACAAAUCAAGAGGAAAGAGAUAAGGUAUGGCAACAGUGUAUACAUUCAACACUCUGUGGCGUACGAAAAGGUUCUUUCUGAAGCCUGGAUGAUUCAUAAGUGAAACAGUAUUAAUUCCCUGAUGUAGUCUAUGCUCAGCUCCAGGAACAUUCGAAUUUCGUGACAUGAACCAUUGGGGUUUUUGUGUACCCAUUGGGAUUCCCAUUUUGUAUGAGCAAAUGUGUGCAUUUUUAUCAGGGCACAAACAAUUUCACAACAGUUAAUGAUAUUCCAGGGUUUGGUGUAAUGACCAUUUUACUCCCAUUGCACUGUGUACCAUGCAUUUCUUUCAAUUUGGGCUCUGACAAUAUGUUACUGAAUCAAAGGAUAUUUCUCUAUUCUUGUCAUGUCUCUGCCUGAAGAUGUAGUGUUCAGGAUAAAUUCUUUUUUUCUCACCGCUGGGAGUGGAAGGGAUCAUGAAAUUGUGCAUCAGCAGUUAGCAUGAAAUUGUUGGUUUUCUAUUCAUAACUUGAUGAAUUGUUUCUUUUAUUGCUAUCUUCUUUAGGGUAAAACAGUUGAAGUAGGGAGAGCUGCAUUUGACACCCCAAACAAACAUUUCACAUUACUGGAUGCACCAGGACACAAGAGCUUUGUUCCAAACAUGAUCAGUGGAGCAGCACAAGCUGAUCUUGGAGUACUGGUGAGUACUAUGAUCAAACAUAUUUGAAGUCUUUUAAUGGAAGAAAAUGUUAAAUAAAUGACAAAUGAAAUGCUUGGUAUAAAAGACAGGUAAGAAGUAUUGGUACAUGUAACCCGCUGUAAAAUCUCUGGAAGUGCCUAAAAUUUAGCUUAAAUGGUUAACUUCUGUCUAUUUAGUAGUGAAUCUACUUCACUGUUUCUCAUGAUUUCUCUACAGUUUUUACAUAUUUUUGACACAAUUUUAUUGCCUGGUAAGAAUAUAAUUGUAUAUAUAUAUAUACAUUUGAAUGAGUGUCAAACCAAAUAUAGGGCCGAUUCUUUUGUGUUAACAACUGACUUGAAAACGUAAAUUAGCCACCGUAAAAGGUAAAAAAGCUGACAUUUCAAGCAUUAGCCCUUCAUCAGAGUGAUUGAUUAUUCUCUGUGCAACAUCUUUGUUAUGUUAGGUCAUCUCUGCCAGGAAAGGAGAGUUUGAAACUGGUUUUGAAAAAGGAGGUCAAACGAGGUAAAAGUUUACUGCACAGUUGUGUUUAUGAUGGCUUAGCUCUCGGUAGCCACUGACUUGAUUAUUUUUACUUUUCUUUGCUGUCUUUUUUCCUUCUUUUUUCAACCCUAUUUCCUGAUGAGUAUUGCUAUUUCUUGGUUUCUCUCAGAGAGCAUGCUAUGUUGGCCAAAACAGCAGGGGUAAAGCAUUUGGUUGUUCUUGUCAAUAAAAUGGAUGAUCCAACUGUGGAAUGGGAUAAAGGAAGGUUGGUGCCUCUGAUCUCUGGAAUGCUUUAAUCAUUUAUGGUCUGUUCAACACUUCCCAAGCCACUCUUUCAUUUUAUUGCCAGCUUUUGGGAGGUUUACCUUUGCUAACAUUCAACUGCUUCUUGCACAUCUUUAAGGUAUGAAGAAAUCCAAACAAAGCUGACUCCAUUCCUUAAGAAAGUAGGCUUUAACCCAAGGACAGGUAAAUUGUAAUUUGCUUUGUUAGCAACAAUUUUUCCCAUGCCUCUUUUUAAGUCCAUAUAUGUUUUCUCCCACAGAUGUCCAUUACAUGCCUUGCUCAGGAUUGACAGGUGCCAAUCUCCGCAAAAGGCUUGAUCCUGAAGAAUGCAAUUGGUUCAGGUGAAUAAUAAGAAUUCCUCUUUGACCCUAAGUCCCUCCUCCACACUUCAGUUCUGUUAAGUACUUGUUCCAAGCAAACUGUUUUUGAAUAACAUUUGAAGGAAUACAUUGUAAAAUGCAAAAAUUGACUUUUGAUGCCAUUUUUGUUGCAGUGGUAAAUCUUUUUUGGAAUAUAUUGAUGAAUUGCCAUCAUUGACACGGUCUGUUGAUGGACCACUCAGAAUACCUAUUUCAGAGAGAUACAAGGUAAGUAAAUUCAACUGUUUUAUCAUGUUGGUCCCUUUUUGUAGGUAGGUUAUUGUUGGUACGGAAUGAACACAUAAGACUCCAGAUCUUGUUGUCAGUAUUAAAGUGCUUGUGUAGCAGCUAGUAACUGAGCACACAGUUGGGAUGCUAUCCCUGGUAACCUGUCCCACAAUUUCUGUGUGAGCCAUUUUUAUAGAUAAUGACAUUUUUUAAAUGCAAUUUGGUGUCAAUAAGCACAAGUAAAUUUUCAAAGACAACAACAAGCUUGUAGGUCACCAUCAAAUUUCACUGGAAAUCAUGUGUUACUUGUUAAUAAUAAGCACAAAAAAUGCAUCACAGAAAGUCAAGAUGGAAAAAUUGUGGCAGCAUGAGCACUUUUUGUAAUUUACACUGGUUGUACAACUUUUCACUUGUGUUAUGUGUAUUUGUUUUCAGCCAAUCAGAUGCAUGUUUUCUUUUUCAUGUAUAUUAUCGUCUCUGUUACACCACUAAUCUUUAGGAGCUUGUUAGCAUGGUUACUUGUACAUUGAUGUUAUAAUUGUUUUGUUGAUUGUGACCUCAGGACAUGGGAACUGUGGUACUCGGCAAAGUGGAAUCUGGAAAACUUAGUAAAGGCGAGACAUUACUCUUGAUGCCCAACAAGGUGACAUAAAUUUUCACUGCAUUAGUUAAUGUUGCUGUGGAUCAAUUUUUUUUACUUGUUUAAAAUGAUCUAUCCUCUAGCUUUAUAUCAUGAAAUAAGAAUGCUGAGGUUUUCUUUUUCUUUUAGCUGUUGUAUUUGAAUAAAUGGAAGAAGAAAAUUUAAUUGGUAGGAUUGCUAGUGGUUUAUUUUUGAGCACACUCCAAGGGAAUUGUAUGCAAUCUUCUGAUCAUAAAGUUAACUGCACAACUCAUUUCAUACAGGUCUCUGUAGAGGUGUUAGGAAUCAUAUUUGAUGAAGAAGAAAGAGGUGCAGCAGUGGCUGGUGAUAAUGUUAAACUUAAGCUAAGAGGAGUAGAGGAAGAGGUAAACUUAUAAUAUUUUUGUCAUGAUAGAGCAACUUCUUACUAGACCUGUUAAAAAACUGCGACAGAGUUUGCCGUAACAACGAUAUGAAUAUAUAUACACACUCAGCAGAGGGCAUUCAUGGUUUGGAGAAAAUAACUUUAAACAUAAAUUUCUAUAAUUGUUCUGAUUAUGACUAAUUAGAGGAGCCAAAAAAUGUUUGCUUAUUCCUACAGCUUAACCCUUUAACUCCCAGAUCAAAUUUGAAAUUCUCCUUACAGUCAAUCAUUCAAUUCUUAUAAUAUUAGUUGAGAGAAUUUAGUACUGGUUCAACUAAUUAUCCCCAAAUUGAUAUUUUUCUUUGUUCUCAUCACUUAUCUGGUUGAUAUUGUAUUGAUACUGUAUGGAGAAAUUCUGUCUUGGUCAUUCAUGGGAGUUAAAGGGUUAAAUUUGGUGUUUGUAAUACAGAGGUUGUUGUAAGAACCAUGUUUCUUUUCCUUUGCUAACUUAGCAAUGUAAUGGUAAUACCAUAUUGUUUUUUGCCACAACCACAAGACACUUUUCUGUUCCCUAUAAGGUGUUUCCCUAUCUAGUCCCUGUGAUUACCCUGUCUGCAUUCUCUGUCCUUCAAGAGUCCUGUCUUUUUUUUCUCAAUGGAAUGAUUUAAAUUCACGAGCUUCAGUUACUUACAGUUACUUCUCACAGUUGACUUGGAUGCUUUUUUGCGUUACAGGAUGUCUCACCAGGAUUUGUUCUCUGUUCACCAGACAACUUAUGCCACACUGUUAAAACAUUUGAAGCUCAGGUUUAGUAUAGUGUAUUUUUAUCAUUGUUAUUUUGGGUCUUUAUUACUCUUCAUUGUGAAUUCCUCAUAUUUGAUCCAAGACCAGGUUUCAGGCCUAGUUUGAUCAAGGCACUUAACUCUCAUAGAACCUCUUUCCUUUUGCACCUUGUUCAGAUUUUAAAUCGUUUUUUUUUUUUUGUUUUUUUUUUUUUUUUGGGGGGGGGGGGUGGGGGAGAAGGGGUUAAGAGAAUCCUCGCAAGCAUUUUUUGGAAGGAUGAUACGUAUGUUGGAUUUUAUCAUAACGAAACCAAGAGGUCAAGUUUUCCAGUAAUGACAGUCUCAUGCGUUGAUAAUAAGGGUUAGGUAUGAAGAAAGCUUGAGGGAGAAAGUGGAGUUUUCAAGGGUUUUCUUUGGAGUGGAGUUUCAUUUUGCCUUCCAUUCAUUUGUUUGCUUCAUAAUUAGGUUGUUAUUCUUGAGCACAAGUCCAUCAUCUGUGCUGGUUACAGUGCUGUUUUACAUAUCCACAAUGUCGUAGAGGAAGUUACUUUCCAGGUAGGUUAUGUGUAUUCUGAUGAAUUUAAUCUUAAGACUUACCAUCUGUUUUGAUGUUGACCAAGUUGGAAAGCUCUGUUGGUUUGCCGUCACUGUAAACAAUUACUGUUUCUAUAUUUUCAAAUUGUUUAUCAAAUUGAGGAUUUUCAUAAAGACAAAUUUCUCUAUUGUUGGCCAAGAAUGAUUUUCCGAAGAUUUUCGCUGAUAACUGAGGCCUCCAAAAUUGCUUCCUAUAUUAACCAGCUCCUCUAAGAAGGAAUUACCUUUAAAAGCUUUUUGAUUCCUUUUUAUUUUCAGAGAAAGUUUGUAAUGUACAGAGUAGCCAGCACAAUCACUCAAAACUGCAGUAAAGAACGUGUUUUUAACAACGAUAUUUCUUUCUUCUGAUUAUUUUCGUUGUGAACUUAUUUUUGUAGAUUCUAAUAGCAUUAAUUGACAGAAAAACAGGAAAAAGACAGAAAGGAAGACCGAGAUUUAUCAAACAAGACCAAGUGGCUGUAGCGCAGCUUCAAACAUCGGGAGUUGUGUGCAUCGAGAAAUUUGCCGACUUUCAACAAAUGGGAAGAUUUACACUGAGAGACGAAGGUAACGGCGAUAUGGCAUUAAUAUGGAAUUUUUACUGUUAAACAAUGUAUUGUGCAUCAAGUAAAGCAACGGUCCUCGCAGAUAAGUUGUAGAAAUUGCAGAAAAGAGGCGUGGAAAAAAUUCAAGCUUCGACGAGAUGCAAACCCGUGCCUCCCAGAUAUUAGCUGGGCGCCGCUAUCAACUGAGCUAAGAGGCCACGCAUUGGGAGAGAAGCAAAUUUUAGAAGGGUAUUGUGCAGUUAGAAAGUUUUGAUUGGCUCAUCAAUUGUGGUGUAUAUUUUUUAAUCCGUUUAUUUUCUUUAUUGGCUUAUUUAUUUGCUUAUUUAUUUGCUUAUUUAUUUAUAUAAAUAUUUAUUUAGUUAGCUAUUUAAGUAGAUAUUUAUUUUGCUUUCCUCAUUUACUUUUAGGCAAAACCAUUGCUAUCGGAAAAGUUCUGAAGCUACUAUCUUAAACAGGGUGAAUAAUACAGCCUGAUGAAUUAGGGAAUUAAAACACAUCUCCAGGAAGAACUUGCGAAAAUGAAUGUCACUAAAUAAGUGGAGCGUGAAACACUUUUAUGUCGUCCAAAACAGCCCUCAAAAAAAGAGAGACAAUUUAUAUCGUGGAUAAGAUUUGAUAUCAAGCCAGAUGUCGCCUUUGUAUGCCUGAGUCAAUUUUAAGCUUCAUUCUCAUGCUUCGCUCUCAGCCAUGAGGAGGAAAUUACAUUGGAACGACGAUCCUUGUGUUUUGUUGAACUUCGCAAAUAGAAGAUUAUAUGGUUAAGAAAUAUCUGGAGACGUAGGGAAUUGGAGUCGUAGUUUCUUGUUAAGAGUCGGGAAAUAUCCAAAAGAUCCAGGAGAUCACUUAUAAAAAUAAUUCGUUGCCACACAGUGCAAUUUUCAAUUGACUAUCGAAAGUGAACCGGGGUUGCAUUGUAUUGAUUUCAUUGCGCUUUGUGAUUGGUCGAGAAAAUUAGCGCCAAAAUAUUUGCCACUAAUGGAUAGAAUGUGAAACUUAUAUCAUUCCAGACACUAUUAUAACACAGCGGUAAAACGUCGGUGCAUGUAAGAUCGCUGUGAAAACCAAGUUGUCUCACACGAGUUACAUAAAAAGAAAACACACAUACACACACUAACCAGUAAGUCAUGGUGUUUAAAUCAUUCAACUUUUAUUGCAAAGCUCAAACUGAAUGGUAAAUUUACAAGAUACCCGUCCUUAGGUUAUCCUUCUCCGUACUUUUUUCCCCCUUUUAAGAUUUCUAUUUCUUAUGUUCCCCUUUGAUGAUAUUGUGCGCUGGAAAUUGAUGCGCGGCCUGUCAGGAUUAAUACCCUCGCGCUUGCCUGACGUUUGACUGCUGUGUUCACUGUUACGCGAGCUGUCUUGCGCUUGAGACCAAUUGCGUGCAUUUGCUUGAAGUUCACAUUGCCUUCUUAUGGAAUUUUCCUUGCCUCUGAUUGGCCGAUGUUGAUUGCUUUGGUUGUGUGACGCUUAAUGGAACUGCGCUAGAGGUAUUUUAAAACUGUGCUAUUCUAAAUGUAAGAAAUGAGAGGUUUGUUAACGCAACGAGCGUGAUUCUGUGUUUGAAGUGUAAAUCGUUGAAAUACACUCGUAGGCUAUCAAUUAGUAACGAGCACUCAGUGAGGUAAAUGUUUAUGUCACAGAAAACGACUUCGUCUGCUUAUCUGUUCUGAAAAUUUCCCAGUUGCGAUGUAUAUUUCUACAGUGUUUUAUUUUUC